CUUCAAAAAAAUAUGUCUUUUCUAAUUUGAACAAGUCCCUCUUGAAGCGUCCCGAAUUGGUUCCAGAUAACAGUUCAUUAGGCGUUGGUAAUUCUUGGAAAUCAGGUUCUUGGGAUAGUAGUACUGAUGGGAUAUCGCGAGCAGUGUUUACUACAAGGCCAAAGCAAGUUGGGGCAACUAUGAUGACAGGUCCUGUAUUGAUUGGUAUCACACAGUCUUAUCUUGAUGUACUCAACCAUGGUGCCGUGCCUACAAUUUCUUCCUCCUGGCAGAGCGUUGAAGAAGCAGAGUGCCGUAGGGCUUAUGAUUCAGCUACUGAAGUUUAUAUGGCUUCUUUUGACCGUUCCAAGCCACCUGAGGAAAUUGCUUUGAGGGAAGCCCACGAACAAGCAGUUCAAAAGUCAAUGGCUGCUUUUAAUGCUAGUGCUGUAGGAGUUGGUGCAGCUAGGAAGAAAUUUGAAGAUCUGCUUCAAAAAUUCUUCAAAAAGGCCUUUGAGGAUUAUAAAAGAAAUGCAUUCAACGAGGCAGAAUUACAGUGUAGAAAUGCUAUACAUGCUAUGGAAAAGAGGCUGAGGGCAGCUUGUAUGGCUUCUGAUGCUAAGAUUGAUAAUGUUGCAAAGGUUCUUGAUGCCAUUUUAUUUGAAUAUGAAAAGUCAAUUCAAGGUCCUGGAAAGUGGCAACAACUUGCUGGCUUCUUACAGCGAAGUUUUGAAGGCCCUGUGCUUGAACUUUUCAAGAGGGUAAUAGAUAAAGUUGAAUCAGAGAAGAGUUCUCUUGCUUUACAACGUCGGAUGAAUGAAGAUAAGAUGACACUUGUUGCCCAAGCAGUAUCUGUUGAGUGGAGAACUGAGCAACUUCUCGCCAAGACUCGAGAAGAAGUUUCUGGAUGGAUGCAACAGUUGAGGAACCGCGAAGCACAAUAUACUCAACAGUUGCAUUGUCUUCAUAGAGACCUGAAUGCUACUGCUGCUGUUGUACGUUCUCAAGGAUCUGUUGGUGUUGACCCUGACCUUCUCAUGGCCCGUGAUCAGAAUCGAGAUAUUUUGCUGCAGAACCUUGCAUCUGUAGUUGAAGGCAGGGAUAAGGUUUUGGUUGAGAUGUCUCGCCUUGCUGUUUUGGAAGGUAGGUUUCGACCUGGUAGUGGUUUCAAUUUGGAAGAGGCCCGCGCUAGUUUAGAGGCCAGUUUUGCCAAUGAAGCAGAAAUAGUUUUCACUACAGUGUCUAGUAGUGGGCGCAAGUUGUUUUCCCGUCUUUCCCAUGGAUUUGAUAUGGUAGUCAUUGAUGAGGCAGCCCAAGACAGUGAGGUGGGAGUUCUUCCUCCUUUUUCUCUUGGAGCAGCACGGUGUGUUCUUGUUGGAGAUCCUCAGCAGCUCCCUGCUACAGUUAUCAGCAAGGCUGCCGGAACACUGAUGUACUAA